AUGGGUCCUGGUGGAAAUGGAAACGGAAUGGGUCAGGGUAAUGGUAUGAAUGGAAUGGGCCCAGGUGGUAAUAGAAUGGGUGGCGGACCUGGAGGUAUGGGCGGUGGUUACAAUGGAAUGGGACAAGGUGGAAACGGCAUGGGACAAGGUGGAUACGGAAUGGGGCCCAAUGGUGGAAAUGGAAUGGGUCCAAACGGUGGCCGAGGAGGUGGUAUGGGACAAGGAGGUAUGGGUGGCGGUUACAAUGGAAUGGGACCAAAUGGUGGAAACGGUAUGGGUCCAAAUGGUGGAAAUGGAAUGGGCCCAAACGGUGGCCGAGGAGGAGGUAUGGGACCUGGAGGUAUGGGACCCGGAGGAAAUGGAAUGGGACAAGGUGGAUAUGGAGGUGGAAACGGCAUGGGACCGGGUGGAAUGGGCGGCAAUGGAAUGAACGGAAUGGGUCCAGGUGGUAAUGGCAUGGGAGGAAAUGGAAUGAACGGUGGAAAUGGUAUGGGUCAAGGUGGCAAUAGAAACGGCAAUGGAAACGGUAUGAAUGGUGGAAAUGGAAACGGCAAUAAUGGUGGAAAUGGAAACGGACAAAACUAUACUCGGAAUCAAAACAAUUGA